AUCACCAAUUAUAUAGGUCCCUGUCCCAGUGGUUGGACGCAUUUCAAAAGCUACUGUUACUUUGUGAGUAGCGCAGUCAAAAGUUGGCAAGCUGCUCGAACGUACUGCAAAAGCAAAGGCGGAGAUCUUGUGAAGAUCAACAGCGAUGAAGAAAACGAGUUUGUUCUGAACUUGGUUUAUAAACACGCCCCGUCGACGAAACAGGUUUGGAUCGGACUGAAGUGGGACGCAUCCCUGAGCAAGUUUGUAUGGGCUGACAACGCGCUUCCAAAAUACACCAACUGGAACCCUGGUGAACCGAACGGAAAAGCAUCAGAACCAUGCAGCAACAUGUGGACUGGACAGGCCCAUGGAGAUAAUGGUUAUUGGAAUGAUCUUCGCUGCUUAAAUUGCGACUGUGGUCUUGUCUGCAAGAGGCUGCCCUAGGCUGCAUCCAUCAUCCAAGCCGAAAGUAGAACUGGCUUUCUAUAAAACUAAAGAGCAUCAAAGCGAAACUUUAAAACAGUACUUUUGACAAUAAAAGCGUACAUGUAAAGUCGGCUUGAAAAUAAAACAGUAAAAUCCAUCUUAUUUGUUUUCCCAUUUUUGGUUGUUUUGGUUGGUUGGACUAGUUACCAAAUUGAGCUUGUGUAGGGGAACCUUCCUGUAAUUAUAUAACGUAUUUGGAAAUUUCACUUUUUAAGAUUCCACAUAUACAUACAGUCAUAACAACAUGGGGCUUCGGCUUUGAACAAUGCAAAGUGCCGGAAUGAUGGAUCAGUCCAUAAAACUGAGUCACAUGAAAGGUUUUGCUAACGUCUUGUCAGGGAUUAGAGACGAUACAUCGCUUUCUGAAAAUAUGCCAAUUGAAUAACUUUACAUGAGAUAACGAGACCACUAUAAAUAGUUUUAACAGUCGAAGGAAGUCGUUUUAAUUUGGAAUCAAAUUGUACAAACUAAAACAAAACAGACAGACUUUUGCCAACUUACUGUAAGGACACCAGGAAUGCGAAUGGAACGAUAAAAUUCAAUCACAAACAUUGUCUGUCAAACUGAACAAUACACAAGAAUAACAGAUGUUGAACUUUUUAACGAUGACAAUUAUAGUCCUAUGUACAAGUUAUGAGUCAUUUUAGACACAUCCCGACAGUACAUCGCUCAACAUCAGUCAGUUAAAAUGAGGGUUUACUUUGCAAGUCAUCAAGAUGGUAGAACUUCGUCCUCCCUUGAGUAUCAUAGUCGAAGAAUGCAGUUUCUUCUAUCCCUGAUUCCGGUUGCUUCCCGUGUUCAAGGAAACGGGGGAUGCAGACCUUGACGGGAAUUUAAGAGGUGGGAACAUUUUACGGAAACGAAGUAUCUCCCGUCUGGUCCCUGCGCUACUUUAAAAACUAAGAGGAGGCAGCAACGUGGAUGGUUUCUCUAGUUCCACCAUUGAAUUAUUUUCACCUGCUAAAAGAUCACUGCAUGAUGGUUUCGUAAUCCCUUGACUUAUUAUCUCAUCUAUUUCAGGUUUCACAAGUAGAUAAGAAACGAUGAAAUAAGUCAAUCAACUAUCUCAUCUGUCGCAUUUGACACCAAUGAAAUCUUUUCCUCCUCUUCUGGUGCUAAAAUGAAUACAAUGCCAUUAAUUCAAUUAUUAAUCAUUAUUUUAUUCACUUCAGUUAUCUCAGUUUGCUCACCAACCUAGCAAAUAUUAAAGCGAGUUUUUUUUUUCUUUAGUUUUAAGCAUAAUCACAUUUAUUUUAAUUGAAUUUCUCUUGGCGUAAUCAAGUGAAUUUUUAAGAACGAAUGUCGCUAAGGAAUGAGCAAAAUUGGAAAUGGUCAAACAAAACCUUCCCUCAUACUUUGUGUGUAGUUAGUACUUCAGAUGAAACUACUCACUGUGGCAUUUGUUUGACUUCUAAAAAAAACCUGCACUGGGCAUCAGGGGGGGGGACGUUUUUUGAAAAGGCUAACAAAUGGACAUUUUUGAACAUAUUUUCUUCUUACUAACUCUCCCAUUUAGAUCAAAAUUGAAACAGGAUGUAAAUAUUUCACCCUUUGUGAACCAUUUCGUGCUUAAAAAUCCGCGGGUACUCGAUACAUUUUUGCAUGCCAAUCAAAUGAACAUGUAUACCUGACACAAAAUAGUAAAUUUUCGAAAUUUUUGUUCGCCGCUAUUUUUCUUUUAAAUGAUGUCAUUGGGGCAAUGUUAAGCAAGAAAAUCGGAUGGUUCCUAUAGAUUGCAUUCCUUUACGUUUUACAGUCAGUUAUCAAGCAGAUUAACGAUUUUUGGUUUACAAAAACAGGCAUCGUGUGGUUGGCGGUUAAUUUAUGCAAAAUACGAUACCCGCGAUAUAACUUGGCAGGAAAAUCGAAUUCGAAGUUUUACAGCAAGUGUUUCCUAAGAGGUCCGCUAAGAUGAUUGAUGGAACAGAAAAAACCUAAAUUCCCUCGAAGUUUGCAAAACUCACAGCGCGAUACAACGAAUUUGGCCAUAACAUUUCAAACCUGAAGUUUUGAAUUACCUCUGAUAAAUACACUGUAUCUCAGUCACAGCUGAGAGAAGCACACUUUGGAUUUUCCAGAAAUUUUCUGGAAAAUCCAAAGAAGUGUCCACUGAAGUGAAAAAGAACUAAUCAUCAGUGAAUGUUUUUGUUCUGCUUUGUUUAGGGGAUCUUCUUCAUGAACUGUCAAAUGAUGGCGCCAAAGAUCAGUUUCAGUAUUUUGUAGAGCAGUUCAUCCUCCCUGUAAUGGUUUCUUCCGCAAAGGUGAAAUACCCUUUACAAACUGUAUAAUGCACCUGAAAUGCCUAGAUGAAGCUAUUUUUUAACAGGUCGUUGUUUUGAUUAAUAAAUAAAUAAAUAAAUAAAUAAUAAUAAUAACAGCAACAAGAGCAAUAACAACAACAGUGUUCUCACCAGGAUUUUGCAUUGGGGAGUCACAGGGCCCCCUUAAGGGGACAAAGUGAGCCUGCACUCAGAAUGAUCUGUUAUGUGAAGAACCUACUUGAUCCAGUAUAGUGGAUGGGGUGUGUACGAUUCGAUGACGAUGCAUGCACCAAUCUUUGCAAGGCACAUGGGACCAACGAAAGUUAAGGAAAUAAAAUUAAAGACUUUGAAUCUUUUGAUAGCACGAUUUUAAUUCAUUCAACCAAGUAAAAUGCUGGGGUGUUGGGUUGACCAUUAAAACUACUUAGCUGUAGAUGUUCUUAAGUCUGUUUGACUCGUAGAAUGCCUCUGCACUCCAUUGGGGGCAUCUUCUUGGCUUUUUCUGCGCCAUCUCAGAUUUUCUUGUGGGAAUCCCGCACUUCAGCGGCCUGGUGAGAACACUGUGACAAUAAAAAUAAUAAUAAUAUUUAGGCCUGACAAGUAUGAACUGUAGAUACAAGAAGAGCAUCUUUUGACCAAGGCAACAUUUAAAAAACAGAAUUUUUAUGACAACUGAAGUGUAGCAUUGUCUAUAAGCUUUUAUGAUUGGUCUUUAAUCGGUGGGACUCUUGACGAGGUUGAGCCCUGUCCCACCCCCUGCACAUUGUUUUGAAAAACUUGAUUAUUUUUUUGACAAUUUUAGUAUCCAAACACAAACUGUGUUGUGGCCCCUGGACCCUGGGCCCCUCUCCCUGCAUGUAUCUGUCACUGUUACUGUAACUGUACACAGGGGUUUCAAUGAGCACCGAUGACUGAUGAAACAUGCAGGCUACUAGAAGCAACUAGUUUUAAUAAUGUUGUAAACAAGAAAAAAUAUCAUAAGAUCUAAAAGAAAAUGUAAGCCUACUGAUAAUUAUGAUGUGUUUACAAGGACCACUGGUUUUACAUGUAUGUAAUGCUCUAGUUACACAAAUGCUGUAUUUCAGUAAAUUUUCUCACAUUUGUUCUUUGGUUUAUGCAGAUUUUUUUUAUGUGCAAAUGUACUUAAUUUUGAAUAUUGACAUUUGUUCACUGCUUGUAGGAAUUGAUUGUGUGGCUAUGAAACCUGAAUGAAAGCUAUAUUUUCUUGAAUGAAAAACACACUCUUUUGUACUCAAUUUAGUCCUCAGAAAAAUGGAAAUAGCAUUUUAGGGCUUUGAAAUUCCUAAAUUUUCUGGCGGAGCAUGCCCCAAGACCUCCGUCAAGGAAAGGGACUAACGGCUAUGGUUGGUUACUCUAUUCAAACCUGCUGGCUACUUUAUUAUUGUUAUUGAAACUCCUGUGUAUGUUGUGGUUCAAUUUUAUCCUUGGUUUGAAUUUUAUUUCCCUUUGUUUUGGGGUAUGAGGUUAAAACAAAGGGAAGUAAAAUUUAAACCAAGGAUAAAGUUAAACCAGACAUGUACAUCUAUUCUCUGUAUUUUGUAGAAAGGGGAUCGUGAAUGCCACAUAGUAAUACUGACUGAUGAUGAUGUGGUGGACUGGGACGAGGAGUACCCUCCAAGCAUGGGAGAGGAAUAUACUCAUAGUAAGUACAACGGGUCAUUAUACAUUUCUGGGAAACCGCCCACCUACCCUUCCCCUAAGCCAACAUUUUGCCCUAGGUGAGAAGUAAGUUUUAAUGUUGGCUUAGGAGGGGUAGGUGGGCAAUUUCCCAGAAAUGUAUAAUGAUCCACAAUGACUCAAUUAUUAUGCAGUUAAACUUUGCUAUUUGUGGCUUCUGUGUUUGCGUGGUUGUGCUUAAGGGAACUUGUGCAUCUGAUUGCAUAAUCCAUAAAUGUGAAUUUCAUUAAUUCAUUACUUCAUCUUCAUCUUUUUUCGUAUUUGCCGGGUAUAUUAUGAACCAAUUUAAUGACCAGCACCCAGCUGCUAGUUCAGUUUGUUAGAGCGCUGCACCAGUAUCACGGAGGUCAGGGUUGGAAUCACCCUGGGCUGGCCCAGUGUGGCAUGCUGGUGUGCUACAUCUACAUGUAGGCCGAGAACUUUCACGUUAAUUAAACAUGACAAAAAUCAGCAUUGUGAUUACAUAUGCCAACCAAGCCAACCAAUUAAGCCCAUAUCCCUGUAGCAUGUUGCCGGGAUGCUGCUAAACCAGGUUAGACACUUUUUGAGUAAACAAGCUAGCCAAGCGGGGCC